CAGGACAGAUUAAUAAUGGAAGAGCAAUUACGAAAACACGGCCCGCCCCUGAAUCACAGACAUAAUCCUCUCGGGGACUUCGUUGACGCGGUCACUGUGCAGGAGCGCACCUGUGACUUGCCUCGCAACAACAGAACCAUGAGCGGACGCGUCGGCGACCUCAGCCCGAAACAGGCUGAAGUUUUGCAAGAGUUUCGAGAAAGAGUUCAGGACAUAUUUCCCCUGCUGCCUUCCCAAAGCGACCACUACCUCCUGCGCUGGCUUAGAGCCAGGUCAUUCAAUAUAGAAAAGGCUGAGAAUAUGCUGAGAAAGCAUGUGGAGUUUCGCAAGCACAUGAAAGCAGAUACGAUUAUUGACGAAUGGCAGCCUCCUGAGGUGAUUGAGAAAUAUGUAUCAGGGGGAAUGUGUGGCUUUGACAAGGAAGGAAAUCCGAUUUGGUACGACGUCAUUGGCCCACUGGACCCAAAGGGUCUGCUGAUGUCCGUCACAAAGCAGGAGUUCCUGAGGACCAAGGUGCGGGACACAGAAAAGAUGCGGAAAGUGUGUGAAGAGCAGUCUGCAAAGCUGGGUACGCAUAUUGAGUCCAUCACCCUUAUCUACGACUGCGAGGGACUGGGAAUGAAGCACCUGUGGAAGCCUGCCAUAGAGGCCUACGGAGAUAUCCUUUCGAUGUUUGAAGAGAACUACCCAGAGAACCUUAAAAGGGUUUUUCUUAUCAAGGCACCCAAACUUUUCCCAAUUGCUUUCAACCUUGUGAAGCCUUUCUUGUGUGAGGAUACCCGACGGAAGAUUGUUGUCCUUGGAGGUAACUGGAAGGAUGUGUUGAGGAAGCACAUUGAUGAGGAUCAGCUUCCUGUUGCCUACGGAGGCUCAUUGACGGACCCUGAUGGAGACCCAACGUGUAGGUCCAAGAUUAAAUACGGCGGUGUGGUCCCCAGGUCCUACUAUGUGCAGGACUCCAUAAACGUGCAGUACGACCAGACUGUGUCCAUCAGUCGAUGUUCAUCCUUUCAGGUGGAGAGCGAGGUCUUCAGCGCAAACAGCAUGCUCAGGUGGCAGUUUGCCAGUGAGAGUGCGGACAUUGGCUUUGGUGUGUUUCUGAAGACCAAGGGCUCCGACUCACAGAAGGUGGCGGACUUGACCGAGAUUUUGCCCAGCGAGCGCUACAACGCCCAUUUCGUGCCAGAGGACGGAUCCAUCACUUGUGCAGAGCCUGGAGUGUAUGUGCUACGCUUCGACAACACCUACAGCGUGCUUCAGUCCAAGAAAGUGAGCUUCAGUGUGGAGGUGCUGACCCCAGAGGGUGAUCCCCAGCCCCGCAGCCGUACCCCGGAGUAGGACCGCAAUUGUGCCGCAACACACAGCGCUGCACCGCGCCUGGCCUAUGUGGCCACUUCACCAGCUUCAGGAGAUAGUGUUAUAAUUACUAAGAGGACACAUUUCUAAGCAUAUAGACGUCUCAGGGAAAUGUAGUCAAGUCAUUACAAAUAAUUUUUACCUCUGUCAUAUAAUUUCAUGAAGACUUUGCUGUUAGAAUGGAGAUGUUUAAAAUAAACAGGGAGACUGCACUGCAUACACAUUCCAGUUUGAGAGGACAUUUUCAAAUGCAUGAAUCACAAGCUUCUUGAGGUGUGCAAAUGAUCACAUAUAAUUGUAUGUAAUAUUUAUUUAAAUACAUCUAUAAUAGUUGAUGUUACAGAUUGUUGGAUUUGACUGUAUAUACGGAAUUAUUACAUUAUGUUUCCCUGAAAAAUAAUAAUGGAUGCCUUCAGUGCUAUUCGAAAUUAUGACCGCUAGAUGGCAGCCUCUUCCAACUGAAAAUACAAGCCCUAACAGUUUGGUCAUUUAUUUUUGAAAUCGAGUGAAAAUAAAAACAUCCGUGGAAGAAAUCAUCA